AUGGCAAAGGCAGGUUUCAUCCACUGUCCAAGUGAAAAUGCACCAGAUGUAGCAAAAUGCUUCUUUUGCUUGAUAGAACUGGAGGGCUGGGAACCAAACGAUGACCCAUGGGAGGAACACACCAAACGUCACAUCUGUGACUUUUUAUCCCUUCCUAAGCACUUUGAUGACCUGACAAUGGAGGAGUACUACAUGCUGGAGAUGACACGGCUCAGAACCUUCAUUCGCAAAAUUGGCAGAAGCGUAAUCACCUCUUUUGAACAAGAAGUUGCUGCAACUCGGCAGAGUCUGGUGGAUUACUUUGUCUCCAAGCACCAGUACACAUCACCACCACCACUGCCCCUCAGUGAUGAUCCAUCCACCCAGCUUUCAGAAGGCUCAAAUUGCCAGUCAAAAGAAGUCCAGGAGAAAUAA